AUGAUGAGCGUGCUCGAUGAGCUGAUGUGGACGUGGGUGUCGGGCGAGAAUCCGGAUGAGAACUCGUUCAAAUGUCGCUGGGCCGACUGUUUCAUGUCGUUGAAGGACGCCGCUCAUCUGGAAGCACAUCUGGAGGAACAUGUCAACCACAUCUCAACCAAGUGGUUUCCUGGUGGUAAGGGGAUUUCUCGAGAUUGGGGUGGUACUAUUAGUACUACAGAAAUGCUUUUUAAAAAGUAUUUUUUUUUAAUUCAGGCUUUGAAAAAGAAAAAAAAUUCAAAAUUUUUAUUUCAGCUUUAAUCGCCUGCGGCAUUUACGGCUGUACUGUACAUUUAAACGACCCAACCGAACUUCAAAGCCAUAUCCGCCUUCAUAUUCACCACGCCCUGUGCCAGAAAAACGGUCUAAAACAUAUCAGGCAAAAUUGUACAAAUUUAACACAGUAAGCCCUUUCAUUCAUUUUUAAAAUCUAAAAUUAUAUUUUAAAAUUUUUUAAAUCAAUUUUUGUUAAUACUAAAGUUUAAUUCAUGUUAGAGCUAAUAAUAUCAUAUUUCAGCUGCUUCUUCCAACCAAGUGCUGUAGUGGACCAUUAUGAACACCCAAUUGUAUGUUGUUGGAUGCAAUGUAAUGUAAGUCCGCCACCUUUGGUAUUUGGAUAUUUUGUGUUUAGGCUCAAUUUCAAAAGGUUUCGGAGUUUGUGAAGCAUCUCAAAGAUCACGCUUAUUGCAUGGACGAAGUUCGAUACACAGAUGGCAACUUCUACUUUGAGUGCAAGUGGGAAAACAGUAAGAUUUAUGUUGUUGGUAUAUUUAAAGUGAGAGGGAAUGAAAAAAGUUAUAAUUUUAAACAAAAAAUCGAAAAACUAGUGAUUGAAAGAUGGGUAAUAUUAAUAACUUUCUUUACAAUACCUAAAACACCUUAAUUUAGAUUGUGAAUCAACAUUCUUCGACCGCUUCGCCCUCAGUCGUCAUGUAAUCGCCCAUUCCGACUGCAAGACCGUAGCCUGUCCCUUUUGUGGCACCACCUUCUCAUCGUACCAAAAGCUAAUAGAACAUUCAUCACGCCGAGCAUUCGAAGCAGAAAACUCACACAAAUACGUAUGUUAUCUAUGCCAAAAGUUCUUUGGAUCGUCCAAGCUUCUAAGAGAACAUUGUGAACGACACGUUAAGAGGUUCGCAUGUCCUCAUGAGCCAUGUCAAUACGUUGCGAACCGGGAAUCGGACAUGAUCAACCACGUCGAGAGUGUACAUAACAAAAAUAGACCGUUUCAGUGUGAACAGUGCACUAAAAGGUAAGGGAGAGGGAUUUUACUUACUAGGGAAUUGCACCAAAUAUCCCUCGGAUUUUUGAACGAGACCUAUAUAGGAUGAAAAAGCAUAAAAAGUUACCGGGAGAACUGUUUUCAAAAACUGCUAAAUGGACUUGGCUAGCGAGUUACAGUAUGCUCUAUAUCCUUAUAUGUUUAAAGGGUAUAGCUUUAAAGUUCAAAAAAUGAUAUUUUUUGAUAAUUAUUUUUUUCUAAAUGUGUCUAAAAACAAAAAAUAAAACUUAAAAAAUAUUUUUUUAAUCAAAAUAUUGUUUGGCUAGCCAAAAAUUCCUGUCAGGAUGGCUGGGCGCCAAAAUGAAACCGACGGGAUUCGAACUUUCCCCCUUCUGCACCAAUUAGGAAACCCUAUGUAAAUCCUUUAAUCGCUAAUAUCUCGCUAGCCAAACCUAUUUAGCAGUUUUUGAAAACAGUUUUCCCGGUAACUUUUUAUGCUCUUUCAUCCUAUAUAGGUCUCGUUUGAAAAGCCGAGGGAUAUUCGGUGCAAUUCCCUAGUUAGUGGAGAAUAUGAAAUAUCUUAAGAUGAUAUUAAUUUUUAAGCCAAGAAGUUAAAUUUUAAGCUAAAACCAAAUGUAUGAGUUCUAAAAUUCACUUUUAAAAAUAUUUUUACUAAUUAAUACCUAAAAUUUUCCAGCUACGUCAAAAAGUCCGACCUAACCAAGCACCAGGCCUCUCAUUCCGGCCUAAUGUUCCGCUGUCCUCACUGCAGUAUCGAGUUCGCAUGGCAAAAACAACUCAAACAUCACCUUCAAACUCACGACCCCGACUACAUCAAGUCACCCUACCUUUGUCAUAUUUGCGGCUCAACGUAUCAGCGAGGCUCAGCUUUGUCGAAACACCUGCGAACGUUCCACAAGCUCACUGUGCCGCCCGGAUUCACACGAUUCCAGUUCAAAAAGUGCUCCGACAACAUGUUCAGACUCGAAACUGAACGAGUUAUGGCCGAUGAAAUGAAAUUCACCAUGAAUCUGGCUUCACCAAUGUACACAAACACUCAGGAAUAUAUCAUGUAG